AUGGAUAUCAUUAUCGUAGGUGCCGGCAUCGCCGGUCUCAGCGCUGGGAUUGGUCUUCGCAGGGCAGGCCACAAAGUGACGAUCCUGGAACAAUCCUCGUUGCUGCACGAAGUCGGAGCAGCAAUCACUAUUAAGCCUAAUGCCUCGCGCGUCCUCAAGUCCUGGGACUUUGUCCCCGAGCAGUCUGGCAUGGUGGCUCUACGCGGAAUGAGCCUGAUCGACGGUACCAACAUGGAGACAUUGGUGCCCACCUACUACAAGGACUGCGAAUCCACGUGGGGCCUUCCCAUGUACGCCGUACACCGUGUUGAUCUACACAGCCAGCUGAGACAGCUUGCCACUCAAGCGGAAGGGCCUGGGAGGGCCUGCGACGUCCGCGUGCUGGCCAAGGUGGUUGACUACGAUGCCGAAAACGGCAGGGUAACGACCGAAGAUGGCGUGGUCUUGCAGGGUGAUCUCGUUGUUGCCGCUGAUGGGGUGCACUCCACGGCCGUAAAGCAUGUUCUGGACGAAGAGAUCGUCCAGGCCGGAGAUACUGGUUGGGCAUGUAUGCGGUGGCUGGUGCCGAGGGAUGAUAUCCUCUCGGAUCCGGAGACGGCGGACAUGAUUCAAGACUCUGCCACGAGGUACUUCACGGCUGCCAAUGGAGCUGCUGGUUUGGUGUGGUAUCCAUGUCGAAACAAUGAGGUCCAGAACUUCCUUUACCUCUCGCGGGAAUUCGAUACCUCCCACGUCGGAGAAGAUUUCAGAGCUAUGGUUGACCCAAGCAUGCCCCUAGAAUAUGCAAAAACGCAUUUUGCCCCGGCCCUACACACCGUGAUCAAGAAAGCCAGGGACGUCAAGUUCUGGAAGCUCGUGGCUAGAGGGCCUAUUCCCAAGUGGCACAAGAACCGACUCGUCCUGAUCGGCGACGCAGCCCAUCCCAUGCUCACCUUCCAGGGCCAAGGUGGCGGACAGGCCAUUGAGGACGGUGCCGCCCUCGGUAUUUUGCUUGACCAAGUUCGUAAUCUAGGGGAUAUCGAGGAGCGACUGCAACUAUUUGAGCAGGUCCGCCGGAAUAGAGGCUCGGCAUUGCAGAUUCUCUCUAACACGAACCCGCCGGCGUCGCAGAGCGUUCGCGAUGCCGCCGCCGCGUACCUUCCUAGUGGCACGAGGCUCGAUUCUACCGACGACAUCAACGACUAUGUCUUUUCCUUCGAUGUGAUUAAAGAAUGCAAGAUGGCACUUGCUGCAGCGUAG